CAAAUUGGUAGCUAGUGAACUCACCCAUUAUAUGGCAUAAACCUAAGUAAAACAUAAUAAAAUAAAAUGUACUUAAAUAUGACAAAAAGAAGUAGGUCUUCAAAUCAGAAAUCAAAGCUGAAGCAUCACUAUCAAAUAACAUAUCUGUUCUUCCAUCUCCUCAAUAAACAAGUUAGAGCGGUUUAUUCUGGCUAUUUAUUCUUUUCAGUUCUAACGGUUUAUAUGGAAAAUGAUGAGUCUUUAGGGCUUUGACGCAUAAAUGUUCGUCAGAUUUAGCAGGCUGGUAGAGAUCAGAGUGUGGGGGAAACAGGAAGACAGGAAGAUAUACCCAGUGGUCUUUGUAGAAGGUUGGCAGCGCUAUAUCUGUCCACAGAAUGGGAGUAAUGCGAUACUCUGUUGCUCUCCUGAUACUAUCUGCACAGUUGGUGCUCAGCGUUCCUAUGACAAGGACCACCUACACAGAUGAGAUGGGCAGAGUGUGUCUUUUUUGCCCUGCAGGUGAGUAUCAGAUGGAUUGUAUAAAGUGUGAACCCUGUCCUGCUGGAAGCUACACAACUGACUGGAACUAUGACGAGAACUGCCAGGACUGCUUUGGAGACUGCAACCCCAAGUUUCAUCUUAAAGUUGUUUCAAACUGCACCAGUACGUCCAAUUUGAAGUGUGACUGCGAGGCUGGUUUUAGAUGCACCAGUUGGACCCAAGACAAUAAAAACUGCAUGGACUGUGAGAAGAUCCAGGACCCAGUCACACCCAAAGCAACCACCACUAAGCUGUCAGGUACAGAAAAACAAAUGCCUUCCUCAGUUUCCUCCGGACAUAGCAGCACUUCUCCCAAACUCUGCCAAUCUCCAGGAUGUGGCCCUCACACAGUCCCAACGAAAGUCAGUGACCAGAUUCCCAAACCAGGUCAUAACAGCAGUCCUUUGGCAGCUAUUGUCAUCCCAAUGGCUUUCCUGGCAACUUUGGCGCUUGUCAUCUUGAUCUGUUUCUGUCGUCCGAGAGAUGAAGCAUAUAUAAGGCAAACUAUUGCAAAGCUCUGGAAAAAGGAUGGGCGACGUGCUUCUCACAAGUCAAAGGAGCCAACUCAUCCGUUCCCCAGAGACUCAUUCAGUGCAAAGCAGCAGCUCUCAGCCCCUUCAGCAGCCAAUCUUGGUCCGGUCCAUGUGCACAAUCCAGGCACAGUCAUCUUUAGCUUGCUCAGUCAAUUCACAGGCCAAGUUGGGCCAACAACUGAAUGUGGGAAGGCAGCUGAGAGAACGAGGAAAGAGGAAGAAGAUAAGAGAGACUGCCCUGGGUUUCAUCCUCCAUCUUCUCCCAGUAUUCCUCUCUCUGAGGAGGAGGGGAGCAGAGAGAACAACAUUUUCUUUCCCUCCCAGGAGCAGGGAAAAGACUGCCACAUGUCAAAAGAGGAGAUGCUAUGAUGCAUCGUAAAAAUCCCAGAAGACAUGUGUCCAGACUAACCAUAAGGCUUGGAUACUUCUUCAUUAAACUGUGAAACCACUGAGUGUGGAUCAUAUUCAGAUUCCUUCAGCAAGCUUUGAGGAUUCACUGCAGUGACAUCAAUUCUGCAGGUUCUGGAAAACACUGCACAUCAGAAAUGUAUUAAAACUUGGAAGAACAGCUGCAAGUUGGUCUUUGUAAGUUAUGAUUUCAGAAAUCUUGUAUAUACUUUUAAUAAGCUCGUUUAGCUAAGUGUAAAGUAUUAUACCUGAAUGUUCAAGGUUUUGUAUUGAUA